AUUGUUGUUCCAAAAACGGCAGCUGAACCAGAUGAAUCAAAAGACGAUGAAGACGAUGUAUUUUAUGACACGGAAGACGACCCAGAGAGCGACAGUGACGAUUCAGGAGAUUCUCUAGUAUGCAAGCCUUGUCCAGUUGUAAAACCAAUAUUUUUGUGUGGUUCAGACAACACGACGUACAGUUCCUUAUGUCGAUUGGACUACCAUAACUGUAUCCACCAUUCAAACAUUAAAGUAGGAUGUAAAGGAUUCUGUCCCUGUUCAGAUGAUGACUAUAAGAGAAAACAGAAGCAAUCAGAAAAACUAAAUACUUUCAUGAACAAAUAUAAAGCAACAUUAGAUAAGACAGGUACUGGUGGAUCGAUUAAUGGAGGAAAGCUUAAUAAAAAUCCUUCAAAAUCCGAAUUAUAUACGUACACUCCUCAGGACUUUAAGUAUGACAACAAACAUUACAAGUACAUCAAAUAUACAAAGUAUAACAAGGACAAUAAUAUUUUAUACGCAGAAGACAAGGAACGACUCCGAGGUUACAAUGAAAUUUUGGAUAACAAAAUCUAUAGUGGUCCUAUACUUGGAACCCCAAUUUAUCCCCCCAAACAGUGUUCACCAUCGGCAUUGCAGGCUAUGGGAAACAGACUGUUGGACUGGUUUUCCGUUGUUAUGUCUGAUGCAACGAAAAGACGAAGAGCAAAAGUUAAAUCCAAAGCUCACUUCCCCGCAACGUGCAAAGGCGAAGUGAGAUGGAUGUUCCAGCACUUGGAUGUUGACGGCGAUGCUAAGCUUUCUCUACAAGAACUUUACGAUUUAGAACACGAUCAAAGCGAAGUUUGUCUGAAACCCUUCCUACAGCAAUGCGACAUCGACAGAGACGUCGUGGUUACUCCUUCGGAAUGGUGUAGAUGUUUCCAGCGAACAGAAAGGCCUUGCGCUGCGGUCAAACGCAAGAUUACUGUUGACAUGCUAGGAGUGUUUGUUCCCGAGUGUGACAACCAGGGGUAUUACUUACCAAUGCAAUGUCAUAGUGCAAUAGGAAUGUGUUGGUGUGUCGAUAAACAUGGCGUCGAAUUUGCAAAUACUCGCACACGCGCAAAACCUAACUGCGACAACAUCAUGAACAAAUCCAGCUUGGAUUACUCCUCAAAGCAGAUGAGCAAUAGUGUGGACAAUUCCAGCGAUGACGAAGGCGGAGAUGAUUCUGGAGAUCAAGAGAUCGAAGGUAGCGCCGACCAUCCCACAGACUAUUAG